CUACAAAGCAUAACUACGCCAUUACUGAAUAUGACCACGUAAGGAGUAAACAACAUUGCUGCAUAUGUUAUUCAAUACGGCGAGUUAUCAAUAGAUUUUGUUGUUCCAGCGGUAGUUGAGAAUCUUGGCAAAACUAUUACAAGUCAGACAGAGCAAACAUAUAACUGUCAAUGUCUGGAUACGUCUGGCUUAUAGACCACAGAAGGUCUCAACAUAUGAAUCAAAGGAAAAUUCCCAAGAAAAUUAAAAGUGUUAUAGACGAUGACCUUGCGACAUUUUGCGAGGACCGAAGUCUGACAAGGACUCAAGUUAGGUUGAGAGAGAAACUAAAGCGAAAACAGAGCAGUGAGAUAUUCGAGUCGCAAGUUUCCCAAAGUAUGGGCGCAGUUGGCACUAGAACAAAACAGAGAUCAAACAAGAGAAAGAAGAACAGAAGGAAACACAAGACGACGUUGGACGAAAAUCUUCUUCCUGAUGACAAACCCGCACUUAUCGAAGGUACCGCGUGCGAUGUACUAGUAUCUCAUAUUGACAAGUUUGUUGGAACUGAAUCUGAUGAUCGCACUCACAAGGAAAUACCCAUGGAUUUGGAAAAAGGAGAUGCAAAAAUUGAACAUAUUACUAAGAACAUGCCGUCUUGUUUUGAGAGAAAGGAAAUAGCGAAACUAUUAGCCAUUGAUCUUGAAAACUUUCGUCGGGAUCUCAGGAAACGUCCUAUGAUUGAGUUACAAGUUUUUGAAAGAAAGGGUCAAAUUGCAAAACUGAACUCAGAGGUAAUGAAGUUGAGGAUGGAGCUAUCUAAACCACCGAAGGUAAUGUGUCAAACUUUACAAAAUUGCAAUUCUUCUAAAUCCUCAAAACUGAAACCUGAAAUGCCGUAUAACAAACAUGACCGUGGUUUGAGUUCAGCCGAGAAGACAUUACGCAUGCUACAUAGAACUGUGCGGCAGCGGACGUGUCCAGGGAUCUGCUUAGUGUUUGGUAUGUACAGCGGAAUUCUUAAUUUUAUUGAUCCCAAAAAUCGGUUUUUGCUACCAAUAGAUGGACCACCAACUGCAAAAGCAGACAAAGUCAUCAAAAUAAAAUGGAUCAACGAGGAGCAAAGAGAGGUAUUCAUUGAUUAUCUUGCCAGUAGAUUAGUUUCUUUGUAUAGAAGGUACUUUUUGCCGCCAAGGCAAAUUUUUCUUAAACACCGCAAUUCAAGACAACACUUUGUUAUGGAAAGUGAAGCAAUGAUGUUGACGAUCUACAGAAUGUUAACAAUGUCCUAUUUAGCUCAACUUUUACAAUAUCGCACAAAGCAAAACACCUCUCGAAUGGAAAAUAGUUCAUUGCCAAAUUCAACAAAAGGAACACUGUUAUUGUUUGGAAUGGAAGUCAAAUGGAUGGUUAGUAUUUUACAGAAUGCGUAUGUGGUUCAAUGCAAGGGGGAACAACUCUUAACUGCAGGAACUGAUUUCUGGAAUCUUUUAGAGGGUUUCGCUGCUUGCCUUAUACACCAAACGCCACAAAGAAAGACACUUUCUUCAGAGCUUAUGUACAUUGUUCGAAAGAUGAUUUCCGCUAAUAAGUGUUCACCAAAUUCAGUAACAGAUGGCAAUUUGUUGACGCCCAGACGUUAUUGCAUGCAAAGCGACCGCUCAUUGCAAAAUGUCAGAGUUGAGGGUGGCCGGCGCCGGGUUCGGUUACAGGCAUGUAGAAUCUGCGAUGAUGGCGAUCUUCAGGAAAAUUAUGGAAUAAGAUUAUGUUUGUGUUUAGAGUAGGAAUUUGGUACAAUCAAAAGCAUGGUUUGGAUAUAUAUUUUAUAUACUGAAGGAAUUUGUUGAAUGUUUUGAAAGUUUGAUUAAUUAUUAUAAAGUGA